AUGGAAAAGGAAGUGCAGCGACCAUGGAGGACGUCCACCACUACGCCAGCCAAGCCGACCAAAGCGACCAAGGCGAAUAAGCAGACCAAGCCGACCACGGUGGCGUCAAAGAAGACCAUCCAAGAUUCGUUUCACGGGGCGUCAACGAGGCGUGCCUACGAAACGUAUCAGAAUCAGUUCGUUGCGUUUCUUCAAUCGAUCAAAAGCGGAGCUGGUCCUCGAGAGGCAGGCACGGAGGAGUGCACAGACUUCUUCCACCACAUGUACACACAAGGACGUAAAUCAUGCACCAUAGACUUGGCCAAGUCGGCUCUUGUCGCAUACUUUGCUGCAAUGGGGGUAACACCGAACCCAGCCCAAGACGCAGCUACCCGCCGCUACAUCGUUGGUUUACAGAAGUACAACAAGCAACACAAUGUGGACGAAGAGAAGAAGGCGCAUCCACUUUCCGUGCACGAGCUAUCGACACUCAUGAACUCCCUGGCGCACCUCCACCCAUUCGUUGGCGAUAUGCUCCGACUCCUUGCGGUUGCCUUCAUCUGUUGUUUCCGUGUCAGCGAAGUCUUGGCUCUGCGUUGGAAUGAUGUCGACAUCGUGGGCGAUGCAAAAGGACGAUACCUGUCCGUUCGUCUCCGUUGGCACAAAAAGGCGAAUGUGGAAGAGGACUGCCAAGUAUACCAUCUCGUGGACGAGACGACCUUUCCAUGCUUGCGGGUCUGUGGAUUCUAUGACGAGUACAUUGCGAAGGUGAGAAGUGCCGGCGUCAACAUCAGCAGCAGCACCUUUGUGUUUCCCAACUUUGUGGACCAGCAGUAUGGACGUACCCCGAGCCUUCCGAUCGGCACUUCUCUGCACAGCCUUCGUCGAGGCGGCACGUUUUUUCGCGUCUUCGAGUCUAAGGAGCGACGCUUGAACUUCCGCGAGUUGAUGGCUUGGAAUCUGCUUCGUACCGGAAGCGAUGCCAACCACAUACAAUGGCAGACCGGCAGUGUUGCAGUGCCGGUCGGUUUGGGGUUCUCUGUUGACGAUAUUGGCCAAGCGCUGGCCAAGAACUUGCACAGCCAAGGUGCACUCGGCAGCCUUAGGACAACGACGACUAUGCGACAGAGCUCGAUGGAUCAGUUUGUGGCUCAGAAGUCAGUACCUACGGCGCGGUCGGCACUGAAGGCAUGGCAGCAAUGGUUCGUCGCAGACCCCGCCAUUGGCCUUGUGUGUGCUCUCAAGGACUACACAAAGGAAAUGAUUCGCAUGGACAGGAAGAAGUACUCUGAACGUCUCACACUGGGAACGGCGUUUAGCAACAACCGCGCCCCUGGCAUCAACACUGUUGUCGUACCCAGUACCACGUGGCAGCAAGUCAAGUCCGACGGCACAUACGACGGAUGGUUCACGCGCCACCAGCGCUGCACCCGCCACACCUUUCUGUGCAUCGCCGACAACACUGUGUUAUUGACCAAUCAGCAUGCAUCUUAG